GUUUCAAUUUGAUCGUGUUUCAAAUUGGUCACGUUUCGCUGACAAGGGCUGACACUUACCGCUGUGAUUCCUAUUCUUUAGCUCGAGUUUUUCAAAAUCUGCCUGCCCCACCCAAGCAAUGCCGCGUCUUUGAUGUUUUUUGCCAUUUUCAAAGUUUUUUCCAACUUGAAAACUUGGGGUCGCACUUGGAUAUGUGCCCCGAAGACAGAUUUUUACCGCAAGGUAAACAAAUUCUUUCAAAAAUUUGCCAAGUGCGACCCAUGCAUUAACAUUUCAAGUGUAUCUAUUUCUUUUUGAUGUCUUAAUUUUGUUUAUAAACGCCUCAUUAAAAAGGUGUUUAUUGGAAAUAAUUAUUUCCUGUGGACUUGGCAAAAUGUGUCAGAGUAUUAAUCAUUUGUAUCUUUUCUUUUUUGAUAUUUUAAUUUUGUUUAGAGACAUCAUUGAAAUAAUUAAGGUGGUUAUUGUCACAUAUCACCUUUGGUUUAUCUUUCUUUUUGAAGUUUUAAUCUUGUUUAUGAACACCUCAGUAAAAUAAGGUGCUUAUUUGCAUCAGACAAGCGCCCUUGGAUGAAUGUGUUGUCAGAGUAUUAAUUUUUGUAUCUUUCCUUUUUGAUAUCUUAAUUUUGUUCAUCUUGUAACAUAACUAAAGGCUCUGAUUAAAAUAAGCUUUAGUUUUAAGAGAUUUCUUUUAGGCUUCCUCGUCAUUAAUUGUGUUACUUUUCUAUCUUUUUCGUUGUGUUUUUAAUGUUUUCUGUUUGCGGAGUGCCAAACAAUAAAUAAAUAAUAGUUCAGUUCAGUUCUCAGUUAUUCUGAGGCCCUGAGUAUUGGUCCGGCCCCGGGAAUCGAAUCCACGACCUUCCGCUCUGUAGUUAAGCGCUCUACCAGCUGAGCUUAUCUCUCCACUUUCCUAUCUUACUGUUAGCAUGGUUUGCAUAUCUAUUUGGCUCGGCUAAACUACGAGUAGUCCCCCAUUUUUCCUCACUGAUAGUAGAGCGAGCGAAACGCGAGCGCGCGUGAAAAUCAUUUCACUCGCGCUCGCGUUUCGCUCGCUCUGCUAUCCCUGAGGAAAAAUGGGGGACUACUCGUAGUCUGGGCUCGGCAAACUCGAUGGGGAUUAUAUGGUAAAUUUUCCCAGCCCGGGAUCCGAGCUAACCGGAAAACGAAAGGGAGAGCUUCUCCCAUCUUUCCGCUUUUCCAUCACCCCUUGCGCUCCCUCUCUUUUCGCGUGACUUCACACAGUUAACUCCCCUCCAUCCCCUCCCAAAUUGGAGUUUCCUCGCAAGCUAUUUUUUGCCGGCCAUGUCGCACAACUUGAAACUGUGAUUUUAAAAAGAUAAAGCUUAACACCGCGGAUAUAUAUCUGCUUCUAUUUGGCCACAACCGCAGACUAGACAUAUAUAGAUAAUUCCCCGUAAUAUUUCCUUAGACCAAGAAAAGAUUAUUUCCAGCCCGCAGAGCUAAAGCCCAAACGACUGAAAAGUAUCAGUCUCUGUUCCAAGACAAGAAAAUUCAAUAGAGGAAAGGACAUGUUCAGGGUAUUGCGUGUAACAGAACGCUCAGACGCAGUGUAACUUACUAGAGAUUUGUCAGACAGAAAAAAAAAAUAAAUCGGCUUAUACUUUAGCGAAGUUAGCCUGUUAAAUGUAAUCCAUUUAAAAUUAAGCGCUUCUCAUUGAAUGUUAAGCGGAUUGAUAAUACAAGUUAGCGCGACUUUGUAACUGAAACUAGCGAAAAGAAACACCUUUAUUUUGUUUAUAAAACAAAUUCUCGCAUAUUUUUACUUCCUUGCUAGCUAAACGUAGCAUUAAUAUAUUUAGGAGGCCUAAUAUUAUAUUCCUUUCAUAAUUAAAAUUACAUUCCAACUUUUUCUGUAAGAAUUAGAAAGCAACUUUCUUUGAAUGCAUCAAAGUAAAGUCUCCCUCGCAGCCGUUUUUUUUGGGAUGUCACGCAACGUUCCCUUUUGGAGGAACGUUGUGUGACAUGUCAAAAGACGGCUGUGAGGGAGACUAAAAGAGUUUGGAUGUCGAUAAUAUUUACUGUAUAAUUUCCACUGGCCACCAUUUUGAAAAAGGAAAUUAUGACUUCAUUCGGUCGCGUCAACUUUGUAUGCAACAACAAUGCAACGACCGCACAGUCACGAAGUUGCAGAAAAAAUUAAAAUGGUGGAAAAUUUCCAGAACUUUCGGGGCAAUUUAAGUUUGAUUGACAGUGGAAGUUAUUUUUUCUACUGUGAUGUCAUCGAGCUUAUAGCUCGACUUACGACACGUGCACCGACUUCUUUCUUUUCACUAGGCAAUAAGUGCAAGGGCGGUGUCCGCGGGGUAAUAUAAAGAGCUAAAGCUGAGCGCACAGUCAGACCAAAAAGAAAUCUACAACCCUGGUCAAAACAUCCUGAAUGCAUAACGUCAACACUGCACGGGGGGAGGGUGUAGGGAAAAUGUGUCAUUUUGACGAGCUAUUGCGUUAGUUUCCCAAGAGUUUUGACCAGGGUUGAAGUUAGAGCUGUUUCAUAAAGUUUCAAAUCUCUUCCCUGAACGCUUUGCAUGAGGUUUUUCUUCUUUUUUAGGAUUGAAAUCAAUGCCUGGUCUAUUGUCAUCAAGUUCCGUUUCUUUCCUGUCUUUCUCUUGUUCUUGAAGCUCGGGGAGUUUUUUACUAGGCACUGGAACUCGACGAUCCUCGCUUAAAUGGCUUGGAGUUCGUUUAAUUUUGCAGGAUUUGUCGACACCUUUACUCCUUUCUCCAUCAACUUCUCGUUCAUCUUUCCAUUCUGAAGUCAAUGUUGUAUCCUCUGUACAAACGGAAUCAUUUUGAUCAAAUUCUCCUGAAUCACGACGACGCUUUAUCGGCACUCUCCACUUAAUCGUCUCUCUGCCUCGCUUUGAAGACUCCCUCCUGAUAAUUUUUGCGCUCGGUUCGUAACUUCCUUUUUCUUUAACUGAGUAAACACUAUCACGAUUAACGGGUUGCCGGGGACACAUUGAUGUCCCCAUAUCGCGAGCAAUCACCUCACUGAUCCACUCUAGAUUCUCCUUACAUUCUUGGGAUAGAAUCUGUAAUUCCCUUAUCUGCGUGCCAGUCAAACUCGUCCCGCGUGAGCAAUCGAUACUGUCCCGUCUGUCGUUCGAUAAAUUCGGCAUCUCUAGAUCGAUGUGGAUUUCCUUCAAGCUCAGAUCUAAGCGACUGUUCGCGCACCUAGAACGAAGACUGUCCAUGUAUUCCAACUUGAUGGAGUACUUGAAAUUGUUCUUGCGUCUGCGGUUUCGUCGAAAGAACAUUACAGCAACGAAGAAGAUGCACAGGACGAUGCUUGGCACUGUUGCAACAAUAACAAGGAGCUUGACAUUGCUCACCUCAGCUAUUGACGUGGUUGGUUGUUCCGUGGAUGGAUGACCCGCGACAUCUGCAGGUGAAGACGUGGACAUGUUAUCCUUUGGGGGUACUGUGGUGCCAAGCUGUAUGCUUGGUGCUGGUAUCUGGGGGACCUAUGGAAGCAAGUUGCGAAACUUCAUUAACCCUUUAUUUUUCUCCCAACAGCAUCAGAUCAUCAAGAGUAACGGUUGUAUGAGAAUUAUCAAAUUGCUUACCGAAGGGAGCACGCUUUGAUCUUAAGCCAAAUUCUCUUAACUAUUCUUAAAAAAAAAAUGUAUGGAGGUAAGUCUGGAGAAUUUGUAUGUGGGUCUUGGGGUUAGAGCUGAGGUUGUAGCCUGCGCCUCAGACGGAACUAGAAAGUGAAACAUCCUUGGCGCCCCCAGCUGUGUAUCAUUGUCGAUUUGCUAAUCUGGUUGACAGGAAAUUCGAGACGUAUUUCCGGUAAUUUGUUGAGUCCAUUGGGGUCUCAGAACAAAGAUCUCGGCGCCGAUUCGCAAAAGUAUUACAGUGAAACCUCUAUUAAGCGGACACCUUCGGGACCUUCCACAGUGUCCGCUUAAUAGAGGGUGUCCGCUUAAUAGAGGUUGUAAAAAUUGCGCAAUGUUUGUUAACGAUCAACAUUCAACGGUUGCUCUGUACUGUGAUAAAGCUGCAUGUUGUUAAAGAAGCCAUCCAGAGGUCAAGUUCAUUACCUUUCAUUACCGGCUAUUACCUACUUUAAUUUGUCUGUAAAUGCAAAAAUAUUAACUGACUUCAGUACGUAUUUCAAGGACGUAAUCCAAUACUACUAUUGUCAAUUUACUCAGGUAUCCACUUAAUAGUGGUUUUUAACAAUAGAAAUUAGCCAAAUACAACUUAUUUUAGUGUCCGCGUCCGCUUAAUAGAGGUGUCCGCUGAACAGGGGUUCGUUAUAAAGGGAAAUAUAAGAUGUUCCUUCGGGACCGGGCUUAGUAUCCGCUUAAUAGAGGGUGUCCGCUUAAUUGGGGGUCCGCUUAAUAGAGGUUUCACUGUAUUUCCACUUUUUGUACGGUAAAAGAAGACCUUAUUUAGCAAGCGGCUCCGCAAUAAAAAAGGUGACCGCUUUUACUGAUUUGACCUUAUCCCGAUAUUAUCAACUAAAAAACUUAGUUAUCGUUUAAAACAUCUGCUGCCAUUUAUUAUUGUCUUUAUUCAUAUGGCUCCAAUCCUAAUUGUCUGUACUGUCCUUUAUUUGCACGGAGAGUCAAAUAGGAAACCAUUUGAAGAUUAUUUGGUUUGCAAUCGUACUUCUCUCCGUAACCAUGUUCUUUCCUCAGUUCACGCGUGUACAGAGAGUCAAAUAGGAAACCAUUUGAGGAUUAUUAGGUUUGCGAUCGUACUUCUCUCCGUAAUCAUAUGAAUGUUCUUUCCUAAGUUCACGCGUAGGCUGGUCAAGCCUGUAUUUAACGGUAACGUGACAUGUAUUAAACGGUCACACGGCCAUUUCACAAGGGUGACUGUUUCAUGCAAGUUUGAAUGUAACGUUUGCUUAAGUAACCCUUAAAUAAAUCACGGUCAUCCCGAUAUUUCCUUCAGUUGGAGAUUUCCUUUGGUUACGCCAAGUGGGAUGAAUGCAUUUAUCAAAAAUCUUACGAAAAACAUCUUUGCCUACUUUCCAGCCUCCAACUUACAGUCGAGGUUAAAAGAGAAGCAAGACUGCAAAACAUUUUAAAAAUAAUUAACUGCUGCCAAUCACUUUUACCACGCGAUAUAAGUUCAAGCGAUGUAUGACAGCAUACAAUUUGCUGUUGUACAAGUCUCCAAAAGGCGUUAAUUUAUAACACUAGCCUGCGUUGCAAUCAAGCUUUUCGGGGCGCUCUGGUGGUGGGGCUUCCCCUCUUCCUACCCCCCACCCCACCCCACCCCACCCCACCACCGUAUCCCCCGGAGAGCUUGCUCGCAGGCUAUUAUAUCACUUAUGUACACUCUAUUUGUUAAGUACCAUAUUAUGUGCUUACGUUCACUGCAGAUGUGAUCUCCUGGAUUGGCGAAGUACCACUACUGUCCAGUGAAGACCCCUUCAUAUUUUCUUUAUAAACAACGCUUGUUGUAAUAGUUUUUAGGAUUGGUCUGGUAAAUGGCAAAUUUAAUUCGGCGGAGCUUCUCCUCUGAAGAACAUGGGAGCUGAUCUUUGGUUGAGAGGAAGGCGAGACUGUUGAUGCAAGUGAGGUAUGGGGAGAUGAAAAGUUUACUUGAUGUGCGCUUUCUAAUGUAGAAGGCAUCGGUUGAUAGGUAAGAGUUAAAACCAACGACUCCGUGUGUGGUGUCUGGUAGCGGCUAUAUGCGUGCUUAUCUAGGGAUGACGUUGAGCUCUCAGUAGAGAUAGUUCGAGGCUGAUGUCCAAUCUUGGACGUAGAAGCCGGUAGCCGUCCGUGGAGGCCACUGGUGAUAAUGGAGGGUGUGUGGUGUUGAGUCUUAAAAAAGCUAUUUGGGAUUUGUCCAGCGGACGCAACACCGAGCUUGUUUGACGUGAUUAAGCCAUGGAAUGAGUGGAGGUACAGUGGCGUGAAGGAACUUUGUGUAGAGAACAGACGACUUUUACCUGCAGUUACUGAACUAGGUGCUCUUGGUUCCUUGUAGAGUGGAGUGGAGAAAGAGCUUAUAUUACGUGGGAUCUUGGAGCGGACAAUCGCGGGCAGUGAUGAUGCAGUAACAUAUUUUCCUGACACAACCGAGCUAUUAGAAGACAAAAAAUUACUUUGGUGUGUAACACCAGAACUUUUUGUAACCGAUUGUCGGUGAAUUUCUCUCGGAUAAGAACUUUUAUCCUGUUGUGUCUUAGAGAAGGUCUGCCAGGAAGAAGAUGGUAAAUGCUCUUCUGUGAAUAAAGUUGAACUCUGAUGAGAUGAUAGAAAAACUUUAGAUCUCAUGUUUGACUUGGAAAGUGAUGGUUCGUAAUAAAACCCAGUGACACUGGAAUAUCUUUGAAUGACGAUUUUCUUCGUUGAUGAUAAGGAUGGUGAUUUUGACGAUGAUGAUGAUGAUGACGAUGAUGAUGGUGGUGAUGAUGAUGAUGACGAUGAUGAUGAUGAUUGA